AUGGCCAAGCGACAAGCUGCCAUGGAGAAGGCGUGGGCCGGCAAGAACGCUUUCCAGGAGGAACUUGCGAAGCGGCAGGCUCAAAUGGAGAAGGAGCUGGAAGAAAGGGCAGCGCAGCGGAGAGCCCAAAUCGAAAAGGCCUUGGCAGAUGAAGCGCUGCGGAAGACGGCUGUCAUGGAACAGGCCUGGGCCGAGGAGGAGGCGCGGCUGCGCGCCGUGCAGGCUCGCCGCGCCGCAGAGGCUGAAGCAGUGGCGACCAAAGCUCAGGAAGAGGAAGCGAAGCACGCCUUCCACGAGGCUUUGGCUCGCAGUGCCAUUCAGGAGUCACAGGCAGAUGUGAAGGCCAAAGACGAUGCAAAGACAUUCUUCAACGAGGCCCUGGCGCUAGCCAUGAUGGCCAAGGCCCCCAUUGAGGUGCAGGCCACGGAAGGCGAAGAAGUCGAAGUGGAUGUUCCCGAGGGGCUGAAGGCUGGGGAUGUGUUUCACAUCCUUUGGGAGGGCGAGGAAUACGAGCUGGCCGUGCCAGAGGGCGCUCAGCCUGGGCAGGCCAUGCGCGUGCGACUCUCCCACGAAGCGCAGCAGGAGAAGUUGAAGGUUGUCGUGCCUGAAGACUUCCAGCCCGGAGAUUCCUUGAGGAUUGAGAAAGGCGGGAAGAAGUACGACGUCGUGGUUCCUGAUGACAUGAAGCCUGGCGAGAUGUUAGAGAUUGCGGUGGAGAAGGAAUCGGGCAGGCAAUCGGACAGCCAGACCCAGCCUAUGAAUCAGACCAUGCAGAGCACCAUGCGGAGCACCAUGCAGAGCUUGUUCAGCAGCUUGCCAGGUUCUGGCCCCGGCAGUCAUUUCGUCUCAAGGGUCUGGGCUUUGAUCUGCGAAAUCGCGCUUGAGAGCGUUCCGCAAGGCAGCACGGCCUCCUCGAACGACCCCUUCAUGACGGCCCUCGAAGCCUCAGGUGGCUUGGGAGGGAACUGGGUUCGUGUCUUUGGGGUUUCUGGUUCCUGA